UCUUCAUCAUCCACAUUCCACAAAUGUCAUAACAUUUAUCAAGGAAAUUUUCUUUAGCAAUGCGUUUUUACGAGAGUUCAAUAAAAACCGCAGGAAUAUUAAAUAAAAAAUAAUUUUAACCAGUGUCCAAUCCAAAAACUCAUUAAUCUGUGGCAAAUAUAGUUUAGAAAAGUGGAAAACUACCAACUAUGACAGUGGUUGAAGGGUUGGCGACAACGUCUGCCGCAGCAAAUGCGGCAACGAGGCCGCGUUGUUUUUUCGAUAUUUCGAUCGGUGGACUCAAUGUUGGACGCAUUGUAUUUGAACUGUUCAAAGAUGUGGCACCCAAGACAGUGGAAAAUUUUCGUGCUCUCUGCACCGGUGAAAAAGGCUCUGGUUUGGUUACGGGCAAGCCAUUGCACUAUAAAAAUGUUAUAUUCCACCGCGUUGUAAAGGAUUUUAUGAUACAGGCUGGCGAUUUUUCGGCUGGCAACGGAACCGGAGGCGAGUCCAUCUAUGGCGGAACUUUCGAAGAUGAAAGCUUUGACUUCAAACACGAUCGUCCAUUUUUGCUUUCAAUGGCAAAUCGUGGUAAAAACACAAAUGGGUCGCAAUUCUUCAUUACUACACAACCCGCGCCUCACUUGGACAACGUCCACGUGGUAUUCGGUGAAGUAAUAUCCGGACAAGACUUAGCACGCCAGUUGGAGGAAUUGCCGGUGGAUAGAAAUUCGCGCCCUUUGCAGGAUGUCACCAUAUCAAAUUGCGGAGAACUCGUCCGUCAGGUUAAAGUUAAAAAGGAUAAAAAGAAAAAGAAGCGCUCUGAAGCUUCUGCUGAAGAAAACUCCGAUGCCACCUCUGUAACAGAAAAACGUUCCAAACGUAAGGAGAAAAAGAAGAAAAAGGAUCGCAAGCGUGAAAAAUCACAUGACCGAACGGAGUCGGAAAAUAGCCAGACAGAGGAGAAAGUAAAUGAAGAUGACGACGAGGGAGAGUUGCAUCCACUUGUAUCCCUAACUAAAAUCGAUCCUAAUGAAAUACCAGAAGUCUCGAAUAAAUUUUUGCUACGAGGUGACCGUUCAAACCGGUCUCAAGAGCGUGAACACAGGCGCGACUCACGCAACGAAAGAUCAAGUGAGGGCAGACCCACAUUUGGUUGGUCAAAAAAACGGGUACCGGUCUCUCGUAGUGGACGCAUUAUCAAAGGCCGUGGAGUUUUCCGUUUUCGUACGCCGUCUCGCAGUCGUUCACGUAGCACGACUCCACCGCAUUGGAAACGUGCCCAGAAUCGCACUAUUAAACUGUCAGAUUUGGAGCGUCUGGAAGAGGAGAAGAAGUUACGCGACGAAGAAAUCAAACGUCGUGAGGUUGAGCGCAAAAAGCGUCACGAAGAAAUGAGGCGAGAUCCGAAAAAGUCGUUCUUCGAGUUGUCAAAUGCAAGUUCAUAUGGUGGUAGGUAUAGUGAGUCGCCUGACCGUAAAAAUCGAGGCAAGGACAAUUCCAGUAAUGCACGUAAAGAUAAGUAUGAUGACAGACGUUCGGACAAGGACAAGACUCGUGAAAGGGGAGAACGAGAAAAAGAAAAAGAAAGUGACAGGGAAAAAGAUAAAGACCGCCGUAGGGAACAUAGCGCCGAAGCGAAACCAUUACCUAAACGCAAAAAGUCAAUGGAUAUGAAUGCUCUGGACUACGAACAUCAACCAGAAAGCGAAAAUGAAGGAGACUCCACUGAGAAAGAAUCCACUUCGAAGUUGAAGGAAGGAAAUUCAAAACAAGACCGUCAUACUUCUCAUGAAACCGAAAAAGAUCGGAAGAGGGACGAGCGGGAUAAGAAUAAAGCUAAAGAAAAGGAUAAGGAGAAGGCACAAGAAAAGUCUAAAGAGCAUGGAAAGGAAAGGAAUACGGGCAAACAUGAUGACAUUGGUAGAGAUGACGAGAAAGGAAAAGAUGAUCGCGAUAAGGAAAAAACAAAAUCCAAAUUCGAUGUAAAACAGAGGGAAAAGGAUAAAGAAAAAGAUCGGAAUCGUUCAGGAAGUCGUUCGCGGUCUAAGCAACGCUCACGUUCGCAUUCGCGUUCGCGUACAUCGCGUUCACGUUCCCGUUCAUUUCGACGCCGCUCGCCAAUCCGAGAUCGUCGCGAUAGAUUUCCGAUGCGUAGAGGUGGCUUUCGUUCACCACCAAGGCGCGAUUUUCGCGAUUUCCGCGGCAGACGUGGCGGCAAUCCGUUUAUGGAUCGUCGACGUCGUUCUGUGGAGCGUUAUCGUAAUCGCUUGCCGCUAUCACCGAUUCGCACUCGCCGCGCGACGCCGUCACGUGAUAGACGGUCACGGGAUCGUUCAGUAUCGCGAAGUCGUUCUCGUUCGCCACGUCGCGAACGCAUAGGUAAACGUACAGGCGACUCUCGAGACCGCAGCCGCGACCAGCGAACGCGUUCUAAGUCUCGCGACCGACGCGCAAAGUCAAAGUCACGGGAGCCAGGCACACGGACGCUUGAACCACACACCAGAUCCAAAUCGCGCUCACCCGUUCGACAAAAGCGAAACAGACGUUCCGGCACACGUUCACCAAGGCGUUCUAGAUCUGCAAAUAACAGUCGAAAAUCGAAUGACCAACGUUCGGCAUCAAAGAAGGAGAGUACUUCAGAGACGAAGACUGGUUCCAGUAGCAAUGCCAUCGAAGAUACCGAUAAAAUGCGUGAAAAGAUGUUAAAACGUGCUGAGGCUGCGCAAAUGCUGAAGGACCAUAUGCGUAAAGAAAUAGCGAGGGAGGAAGAAAGACGUGCGGAGAAACAGCGACUGGAUGACUUAGAAAAGGAAAAAACGGCUCGAGAACUUGAAGAAUUGGAACGUCUUAAGCAGGAGACACUGCAAAAGCUAGAAGAGCAUGAAAAUCUUAAAAAGCUUACAGUUAUAGCUGCCGUAGCCGAAGCAAUCAGCUCUAAAGAUCAUGGAAAAGAAGAAAAAUCGAAGGAAAAGAAAAAGAAACGCAAGAAGUCGAAGAAACGUUCACGUACCUCUGGCACUGAGUCCAACUGAGAUUUGAAUAAAUUGAUGUCUACAUGUACGUAGCAACAAUGCAUAUUUACUCGUAAACUGAAAUUAUUGGAUAUUGGAUGUACGUUUGUAUGUAUAAAUUUAGUUUAUUUUACAUGCAUAUUUAUGCAUGUACAUUAAAAGGAUCUUGUACACUUUCGCGUGUAUGCAACAAUUUGAAGUCAUAUAAGCAUUGAAUGGUGUAAACUAAAUACAUAUAUUUCAUUCUCCCAUUUUUUUGAAUGCUUAAUA